UUAUUUUUCAAUCUUACACUUCCGUUGAUUUACCGAAAUCCAAAAUUGAAAGCUACCAAUUUCUUUUCAUUUGUUGAGACUAUGUCAUCAAAGAAGGACUAUGGGGAUUAUAUAAAGCAACUCGAUCUUUCGUAUAUUAUCCAGACAGGUAAAAAUGCAUAUGUUGCAAAACUAUUGAAAAAAUCUAGAAAGAAUUUGGAGUAUUUUGUCGCCCCCCAAACAAGUUUUGGUCUUGGUCCCUUAAUUGCUUUGAAAAAUUGUCAGCAGUUAAAAGUUUUGGAUUUACGAUUAGUGUCAGAAACCCUUAAUCUUGAAGAGCUUUUCAAAUCAAUUAGGACACUUGACCAGCUCACACACCUUUCAUUCCCCAGAUCUUCUAUUGAAAUUCAUGACUUUGAGGGUAUAGACUGGCCUCCUAAACUAACCUUUUUGAGGAUAUCAGGUGGGAUUAACGAUGAAUUUUUGAUUAGGUCAGUUUUUCCAUCAACCCUUACUCAACUCGAGUUUUCACAUUGUCCCGCUGUCAAGCAUGCUGGGAUUCAAAAUAUCCUUCAUAGGCUUGGAAAGAAUUUAACCUCAUUAAAAAUACAAUACCCAAUGCCGGGGCUUCAUGAUAACUCAAUGGACUCGGUAUUCACCCUUUGUCCUAAUUUAACUUAUCUUGAAAUAGCUGUUGACUAUGUUUCGAGCUCAUUUUUCGAUGAUGACAAUCUUGAAUAUUUACCAUAUGACCGACCAUUACGAAAUUUACAUAUUGAUAGUAGUGGCAUGCUUGGCACAAGUAAUAAAAUCGAUGCUAUCGAUUUAGCAAUCGCUAUCAAUGAUGAAAAACUUCCACAUUUGAAAAAUGUCAGCUGCACAGCCAAACUUGGUUGGGAUCCCAAAUCUGAGUAUGUCAACUAUAUAGUCAACUAUUUGGAUGAGAAAAAUGGGGGGUUAUAUAUUGGCUAUUAAUUUCGUCUUUCUAAAGCUGCUUCACUCAUCAUUGUCCUUGAUCUUCCUGUUCUUUGCAUACAUACAUAU